GCGGGCAGGCAGCAGCGUGCGAGACCGGCGCACGGCCGCGGCGGGCGCUUUUGGGAUCAUGUAACCGCGGAGCGAGAGCGCGUUCGGGCUGUGGGCGCACGCGGCGACGAGGACGGGAAAUGACGUGACGCCGAACGUUGAGCGUGUCUGCGGCUAUUAUUUUCCAGCUCGGUCUCGGCGUGCAGCGAUGCGGACUGCCGGUGGGCGUUGAUCGUGGCACAAUUCAAGAUGAAGAAGCAGUUCAAUCGCAUGAGGCAGCUCGCCAACCAAACGGUGGGAAGGGCAGAAAAAACUGAGGUGUUAAGCGAAGACCUCCUGCAGGUGGAGAAGCGUCUGGACCUGGUCAAGCAAGUGACGCACAGCACUCACAAGAAGCUGACGGCCUGCCUGCAGGGUCAGCAGGGGGCCGACGUGGAGAAGAAAUCCGUCAAGUCGCCUUCUAAAAAGCUGCCCCUGGCCAUCCUGGCACAAUGCAUGGUGGAGGGAGCGGCCGUGUUGGGAGACGACUCCCUCUUGGGGAAGAUGCUGAAGAUGUGCGGGGAGACGGAGGAGAAGUUGGCCCAGGAGCUCAUCGACUUCGAGUUCCAGAUCGAGCGAGACGUGGUCGAGCCGCUCUACGUGCUCGCUGAGGUGGACAUCCCCAAUAUACAGAAACAAAGAAAGCACUUAGCAAAACUGGUCUUGGACAUGGACUCAUCACGGACAAGAUACCAGCAGUCGUCCAAGUCGGCCAGCCACCCGAGCGCCCUUCAGCCUGGCACCAAGUCCGAGUCGCUCCGAGAGGAAAUGGAGGAGGCGGCCACUCGGAUGGAGAUCUGCAGGGAUCAGCUGUCUGCAGAUAUGUACAGUUUUGUGGCCAAAGAAAUAGACUAUGCAAAUUACUUCCAGACACUCAUAGAGACGCAGGCGGAAUAUCACAGGAAGUCAUUGGAGAUUCUGAACAGCAUCCUGCCCCAAAUUAAAGCGCACCAAGAGGCGUGGGUGGAGAAGCCGUCGUUCGGCAAGUCUCUGGAGGAACACCUGAACAUUAGCGGCAGAGAGAUCGCCUUCCCCAUCGAAGCGUGUGUCACCAUGCUGCUGGAGUGCGGCAUGCAAGAGGAGGGCCUCUUCCGAGUGGCUCCGUCAGCCUCCAAACUGAAGAAGCUGAAAGCCUCCCUGGACUGCGGCGUUCUCGAUGUGCAGGAGUACUCCUCUGACCCGCACGCCAUCGCAGGCGCUCUCAAAUCGUACCUCCGCGAGCUCCCCGAGCCACUGAUGACCGCGGAGCUUUACGACGAGUGGAUCCGGGCCUCCAACAUUCAGGAUAUGGACAAGAGACUGCAAGCGUUAAUGGCAGCGUGUGAGAAACUGCCCCAGGACAACUUAAACAACUUCAGAUAUCUGGUCAAAUUCUUAGCCAAGCUCAGCGAGUUCCAGGACGCCAACAAAAUGACGCCCGGCAACAUGGCCAUCGUCCUGGGCCCCAACUUACUCUGGACGCACACCGAGCCGGACAUGACGGAGAUGAUGACCACGCUAUCGCUGCAGAUCGUGGGCAUCAUCGAGCCCAUCAUCCAGCACGCCGAUUGGUUCUUCCCCGGAGAGAUCGAAUUCAACCUGACCGGCAGCUACGGCAGCCCCGUCCACGCCAACCACAACUCCAACUACAGCUCCAUGCCGUCCCCCGACGUGGAGCAGUCGGAACGCAGGCAGCCGCAUCACGACCAGAGCCGACGCCCUCUCAGCGUUGCCACGGACAACAUGAUGCUGGAGUUCUACAAGAAGGACGGCAUUAGGAAAAUCCAAAGCAUGGGCGUGCGGGUCAUGGAUACUUCCUGGGUGUCGCGCAAGGGCUCGUCCACGCUGGCGCGCAAGACCUGCUCCACCCCGCCGGGCGUCUGCUCCACGCCCACCGACUCGCCGGUCGCCGCCGAGCAGGCCGGGGAGUUCGCGCCCUCGCCGGCCGCCACGCCGCCGCCCGCGGAAAGGCUCGGCUCAGACGUGUCGCCCAAUCGGCCGGACACCUCUCAUGCCCACCCGCCCCCGGGGGAGGACCGGCCGCCCCCUCCUUACCCCGCCGCCUCCCACCACCACUUCUACCCCAAGCCCCCUCCCUGCGCUCGGCCCGUGGCGCCGGGUCCGGAGUCGCAGCCCCCGGCCUCGCCGCCGCCCCCGCAGCGUUGGUCGGGGUUCACCCCCCCUGCCCCGCUCCCGUCCUCCUCCUCUUCCUCCUCCUCCUCCUCGCUCGACAUCAAUUCCAACCCCAAGCCCAGCUGCCUGCACUUCCCCAAGCACAGCCCGCCCGGCGACACGUCGCACGCCCCCCCGCCCGACGCUAACGCAUCGCCGCUCUACAUCAAAACCCCCCUGGUGCUCGCCCGCCACGAGCAGUCGCUCGGCAACCCCCCUAGCAUCCCUUCCUCCGCGCCCCCGCCCCCGCCGUGGGCUGCCUGUCCGUGCGCCAGAGAGAGAGGACUCCCCAGGCUGACUAGUUCGUUGAAGAGCAAAGAACUUUCCCCUGUCAUUGGACACAAAGGCAUCCAAGUGGCAAGUCCAACAGUGCCCCCUAGCUGCAGCCCACAGAGCGGCAGUCAGUGCCCCCGCUCCGCAGAGCACAGCCCGCACACCCUGCGCAAAGGUUCCAAAAAGUUGGCCCCCGUGCCUCCCAAGGUCCCGUACUGUCAGUCGGGCGCAAUGUCCGACCACUCCGCAGGUCAGCCGUCGCCGGUCAGCCUGUCCCCGACCCCGCCCAGCACCCCCUCCCCGUACGGACUGGUCUGCAGUCCGGGUCAAGGGCCGCCCCCGUCCUCCCCCGGGCAGACCCCCUUGGGGCCGCCCCACUCCCUUUCAUCCCCGCCCUCGCUGACGGGGACGCUCACCAAGUCGCGGUCCGUCCCCAAGCCCAGACAGAGACCCAGCCUGCCCCCGCCGCAGCCGCCCACCGUCCCCGUCGGGUUCGCAGGCCAGGCCCCGGCCCCGGUCCCGGUCCAGGUCCCGGCGCCCAAGCCGCCGGAGCAGGGCCUCGCCGAUGGACUGUCCCCAGGGGAGAGCAUGUCUACAGAUAUCUUCAAUUACGAAAUCCCCUCCAUCAAUGUCAAUCUGGACAGCCUCAUCGACGAGUUCAGCGGCGCCCCCUGCAGGAGGUCUCUGCCCGCCGCCGACUCGGGCGAGGCCGCGCCCGAGGAGGAGCGGCUGGCGACCACUCUAUGACGUCGCUAAUCGUCGCCGAGGGCCUGAAGGGGUUGGGGGGGGGGGGGGAAACGCCACUCGGUCUCAUCGAUGAAAAGAAAAGAAGAAGACUCUGCAUUCAGAACUGAAAGAAAAACACCAAAAUGCCACAUGGAACGAAACAAUGCCUUGAGGAGGAAGGACUGGAUUCUCGCUCAUUUCUUAUUUAUUUAUCUUCUAUUUUCAUUGGUGUUGCAGUGCUCUGUUAAUUAUCAUUUUUGUUUGCCUUUAAUGCGAUCGAGCCUGACGUGGAUGUGAUACUUUUUGUUGCUUUACAGGGUAUCUUUAACGCGGACUUGAAAUGAUUUCCUCCAAAAAGUGCCCUCCGCCAUUUUUGUACUCAACUGAAAGCGUACCAGCUAUCUAUUAGGGUAAGACAGAUCGUGUUUUCCCCUCUUGAAAUAGUUCUUAGAAAUGUAAUGCAACAGCACGGUGAAGGUCGUGGUUAGCACAUCUGCCUCACAGCUGCGGGGUUCUCGGUUCGAAUGUGGGUAAUAAGGCUUCUUUCUGGGUGGUUGUUCCACUGUUUACCAGCUCCCCCCCUCCUUUGCGUAAUGUCAGCUUUACAGAUGUCAGCUCUUCUGCAGAUUAUUUUCUGAUCGGGAAAAAAAGGAAACAUCUAUUCGAG